CUGAGGCUGUGCUGCUAUAUUGCUGUCCCGGAUCUAUCAAGCUGUGAUGGUAAUGAUGUCACCUUGCUCUUUAUAAAGCCAGCCUUGCCUCCAUUUCAGAAGGUCAUUAUAUAAUUCUGGUACUAGUGAGCAAAGAGUUUCCAAUGGACUUGCACAGAACAGCUUUCAAGAUGGAGAAUUCUUCAUAUCUUCCUAACCCCCUUGCAUCUCCAGCUUUAAUGGUCCUGGCCUCAACUGCAGAGGCCAGCCGAGAUGCCACCAUCUCCUGCCAGCAGCCUAGACCCUUUGGAGUACCUGUCUCUGUGGACAAAGAUGUUCAUAUUCCCUUUACUAAUGGCUCCUAUACCUUUGCCUCAAUGUACCACCGUCAGGGCGGGGUGCCCGGGGCCUUCCCGAACCGAGACUUUCCCCCUCAACUUUUACACCUGCAUCAUCAAUUUGCACCUCCAAAUCUGGACUGUACCCCAAUCAGCAUGCUGAAUCAUAGUGGUGUUGGGGCAUUCCGACCUUUCGCCUCCGCUGAAGACAGAGACAGUUACCAGUCAGCCUUUACACCUGCCAAAAGACUGAAGAACUGCCAUGAAAACGAAUCCCCUCACCUGAGGUUUUCAGACUCUGAGGGCAAGGAGUAUGAGUUCACAGCCCAGCUCCCAUCCAGUUCCCCCAGUUCACUGAAGCUAGAUGACACUGGAAAAAAGGUCUUUGCUGUGUCAGGUCUCAUCUCUGACCGGGAAAACUCGGCAAGCCCUGAAGAAAAUCGAAAUGAAAGAUGUAAGAAGAAAGCGACCCUGUAUGAUACGCAAGCCCCAAUUUGUCCCAUCUGUCAGGUUCUGCUCCGACCAAAUGAGCUUCAAGAUCAUAUGGAACAGGAACUGGAAAAGCUCACUCAAAACACAUGUAAGCAUUCCAUGUUGAAGGACAGCACAAUCCAAGGGACUGUGAAGCCUGUUCUGUUAUCAGCACCAAUUAAAAGGGAGGGGGAAUCUCCCACAGCUUCGCCAGUCUCUGCAGAUGACACUCAUCAUUCAGACAGAUAUCAGACAUUUUUGCGAGUAAGGUCCAACAGGCAAGCAAGGCUGAAUGCACGAAUAGGGAAAAACAAAAGAAAGAAGGCCUCAGAGGAUGGCCAGGUAUGUCCGCUAUGCAAUGAGACGCUGUCUGGAACUGUGGAGGAGAUGAGUAGACAUGUGGAAGCUUGUCUGGACAAGAGAGAUGGCUCUUGCACAAAUGAUGAUGAGUCAGUGGACAUAGAAAAUGAGAGUGGAAGUGUGAACAGGUUUGACGAGUACGAAUGGUGUGGGCAGAAGAGAAUACGAGCUACAACUUUAUUGGAAGGUGGCUUUCGAGGAUCUGGCUUUGUCACCUGCAGCAGUAAAGAGAACCAUGACAGUGAUGCAGAUCUUGAUGUGGAUGGCGACGACACCUUGGAAUAUGGGAAACCACAAUAUACAGAGGCAGACAUUAUACCUUGUACAGGAGAAGAACCAGGUGAGGCCAAAGAGAGAGAAGCACUCCGGGGUGCUGUGCUAAAUGGUGGAACCCCAAGCAACAGAAUAACACCAGAGUUUUCCAAAUGGGCUAGUGAUGAAAUGCCUUCAACAAGUAACGGGGAAAGUGGUAAAUUAGAGGUACAGACACAGAAGACAUGUAAAAACAGCGAGAUUGAAAAGAUAUCUGAAGAUGCAACUGUAACGACAAUUGAAGCAUUGAAAGCCCGUAUCCGUGAAUUGGAACGACAGCUAUCCCGUGGGGAUCGGUAUAAAUGUCUUAUUUGCAUGAUUGUUGAAAGGCACUGGGGAGACAGGAGGACUCCUACUCGAUGCCUCUCACAUCAAUCCAGUGUUGGCAUGUUCAUUGUGAGGAAUGCUGGCUCAGAACACUGGGGGCCAAAAAACUCUGUCCACAGUGCAACACCAUCACAUCCCCUGGGGAUCUCAGACGCGUUUAUUUGUGAAUGAGUGGGACAUAGAAAGAAAAGGCCGUGAUGAUCCUGAGGCCAAGUUAAUCACGAUGCCUCACAACAGAAAGAGGACCAUGAACAAUUGUGGGGUGGCACCAAAAAAUGUACAAAUAUUCCAUUUUUGAUUUUCUCUUAAGUGUAUGGAAGGAGAGAAGCAGCCAAUCCAAGAGGAGAACUUGAUAAUGCUGUUUGUUGUGUUAAUAAUAAAGGAACCCCCAUCCCCCGUC